AACAAAGGCUUAAUCAAGCUGCCAAGCUAUUUAAAGAAGCAGCUGAUGACGGUGAUAUGACAAUUUCUCAAUAUUAUUAUGCAGCAUGUUUAUAUAACGGUCUUGGAGUGGAAAGAGAUUUAAAAUCUGCUUUCGAAUAUUUUUGUAAAGCAGCUCAUAAAGGCGAUGCAAACUCAAUGUUUAAUGUCGGAAAUAUGUAUUAUGAGGGCGUGGGCGUCGAAAAGAAUGUUAAAGAAGGUAUUCAUUGGAUUAAAAUGGCUGCUUAUAACGAACUUUCUUCGGCCGUGAAAUUUUGUGAAGAAAAGAAUAUCCCACUUUGA